AUGCCUUCAAUUAAGCUGCAGAGUUCUGAUGGAGAGAUAUUCGAAGUUGAUGUUGAAAUUGCAAAACAGUCUGUGACCAUCAAGACUAUGUUGGAAGAUUUAGGAAUGGAUGAUGAAGGAGAUGAUGAUCCAGUCCCCUUGCCAAAUGUUAAUGCAGCAAUAUUGAAAAAGGUCAUUCAGUGGUGCACUCACCACAAGGAUGAUCCUUCUCCUCCCGAGGAUGAUGAGAACAAAGAAAAACGAACAGAUGAUAUACCUGUUUGGGAUCAAGAAUUUCUGAAAGUUGACCAAGGGACACUCUUUGAGCUUAUAUUGGUACCCAAAGAGAACCAGUGGUGUGAGGAGAAGUGA